UAUUCUGUGCUAAAGGUGUCCCAUCUCCCCCCACCCUACUAUAUGUAACUGUUUGAGAAACAUAUUCUUACUGAAUCCCAUGACCUUAGCAGUUUUUAAUGGCGACUGUCAACUUGUACGGCAAGCAUUUCAACCAGUGGAAAAUUGAAGAUAAAAACGUCAUAAAGUUGUCUAAGGACGCAAAGCAACCAAUUGCAGUAAUCAGCAACUUCGGACAAACCGGUUUGGGAAAAACAUCUCUGCAAAAUUUCUUCCUUUGUUAUUUAAUCAAAGGCAAAGAUAGUUUCCUCCCAGAACAACCAAUAGUUCGUGCAUUUCCUGGCAGCGAUCUAAACACAAGAAAAGAUAAGUUCGUGGACCUCUACUCGAAACCUAUAGUGAAAGAUGACGUGUUUUACUCCGUAAUUGAUUUAGAAGGCGACCCUGUUAAUAAAGAGCCGGACGAGGCAUCUUUUAUCCGCUUAUUUGGAAUCACUGCUGCCAUAAGUUCUGUAAUAAUAUUCAGCAUUAAGGCUGACAACACCUGUCCCUUCGCGGUAACAACUUUUUACAAGUUUAUUUUGCCGAAACCCAGUGUUAUACCAUUUUUUUCACACUAAAACCGCUUCUAGUUUUUUUGGCUGACAACACCUGUCCCUUCGCGGUAACAACUUUUUACAAGUUUAUUUUGCCAAAACCCAGUGUUAUACCAUUUUUUUCACGCUAAAACCGCUUCUAGUUUUUU